UAACUCCAGGAUUGAAAAGCAGCCCCUAGAAGAAUUGUAAUAACUGUAAGAUACCAUAGCGUCACCCGUUACGUAAAACACAGGAAUUACUGAGGCAAUGCCUUCCCGACAGAAGGUAUUAGAUGAAUUUAGAAAGCGGUUGUUCUCGAUCAAAAAUUGAAGGUACCUAUCGAUGAGGACAAUGAGCAUACUCGAAGGGUUCAGAGUUCAGGGACGAUGGGAGGUUGAAACUUGGGGGUGUCCGGCGAGUCAAGUUCGUGAGGAAAAAGAAAUAGGAACGAGACCGUUCUCGGUGACAGUGGCGAAGAGAAAGAGAGAAAGAGAUUCGCCGGUGGGUCUCAUCAGCAUAGGUGAUGGGUCGAGAUGCGAGUGGGGCCAGGGCCGGUAUAAAAGGGGCACCGUGGCAUCUGCGGAGCAUCAGUCCUCAAAUCCAAGGAACAGCAGCAACCAUGAGGGCAUUCAUGAUCGUGGUGCUCGCCGCUUCGGCGAUGGCGCGACCAGAGGCCGGCUACUCGUACUCUCAGCCAAGCUCCAGCUAUGGUGCACCCGGAGGUGGUGGCGGCACCGGAAUCGGUGGCGGCCUAGGCGGUGGCGGCGGUCUCGGAGGUGGCUUCGGCGGUGGCAUCGGAGGUGGUUUCGGCGGUGGCGGCGGCGGUGGCUUCGGAGGUGGUUUCGGCGGUGGCGCUGGAGGCGGUUUCGGCGGUGGUGCCGGAGGCGGUUUCGGCGGCGGCGGCGGCGGUGGCUUCGGAGGCGGCUUCGGCGGCGGAUCUCUGAUCCAGAAACAUAUCUACGUCCACGUACCGCCACCAGAAGCCCCUGAAGACAGACCGGCGAGACCCAUCGCGCCUGUAGCGCCCGCGCAGAAACAUUACAAGAUCAUCUUCAUCAAGGCGCCCACUCCCCCGACCCCGACUGCUCCGGCUAUCCCUGCUCUUCCUCAACAGGAUGAACAGAAGACGUUGAUCUACGUUUUGGUUAAGAAACCAGAAGAAGCGCCCGAGAUCACUUUGCCCACUGUCACGCCCACGCAGCCCAGCAAACCGGAAGUUUACUUCAUCAAAUACAAGACCCAGAAGGAAGUCACGUCCGGUGGUGGAGGAGGAGGAAUCGGCGGUGGAAUCGGUGGAGGAAUCGGCGGAGGAAUCGGCGGCGGAAUCGGUGGUGGUAUCGGCGGUGGCGCUGGAGGCGGUUUCGGUGGUGGCAUCGGCGGUGGCAUUGGCGGUGGCCUGGACGGUCACGGCGGCAGCGGGCCAAGCGGGCCCAGCUCGUCUUACGGCGCGCCCGGCGGCGGCUCGGGCCCCUACUAGUCACUCGCAACGCCCGUUGACGCCCAGCUCAUCCUCCACACUUCCAACAACAACAACAACCGAUUUCGACGAUCCGCGAUUUCACGCACGCAUUCACGGCUUUGGCUCCGGCCACGGCUCGACGGCGAUCCAUUGUUCGACGCACAGUGAUCCCACGUGGACGACCGCGGUGACGGGCAGGAACUGGACGAUCCAGUGGACAAUCGAUAGUGAGACGAGGCUCCUGCUCGCGAUUCGGAUUCACACGACCGGCGAGAUUAAUUCGUUCGAGACCACGAUCAUGAUGACCGUGACGACCAGAUU